CAAAGCUUGUUAACCAUGCAAUUCUUACUCAAAAGGGAUUGAGUACUAGUUAUUGGUAGAUUCAAAAUGGCGGAUGAAUUAGAAGCUUUGCGGCGAGAGAUUGAACGCAAAUCUUUGGAACUCGAAUCCUUGAAAAACUUGUUAGCACUCAAAGAAAAAGAGUAUAAAGCCUCAAACUCGCGCUUAAUUGCGUCAAAUUCUUCAAAUGCUGUUGAACCAGAGAAAAAAGAAAGGCUUACGAAAGAUGAAAUUUUACGUUACAGCAGACAGCUUAUCUUACCCGAGAUUGGCGUGAAAGGACAGAUAAAGUUAUGUAAUGCUUCAGUGCUGGUUGUUGGAGCUGGAGGUCUUGGAUGCCCUGUGGCACAGUAUUUAGCUGCUGCUGGAGUGGGACACAUUGGUACUGUGGACUAUGAUACAGUUGAGAUAAGCAAUCUACACAGACAAGUGCUUCAUACAGAGAGUAGAGUAAAUAUCUCAAAGGCAGAAUCUAUAAAGAUACAAAUUCACCAAUACCUCUUGAAUGAUGCAUGCAUCCUAGCUGGUAAACCGUUAGUCUCUGGAAGCGCUCUAAGGUUUGAAGGACAGCUUACAGUUUAUAACCACGAUGGAGGUCCAUGUUACCGCUGCUUAUUUCCCAAACCUCCUCCACCAGAAUCGGUUGGGAAUUGUUCAGAUAAUGGAGUCCUGGGACCAGUACCAGGAGUUAUUGGAACAUUACAAGCUCUGGAGGCUAUAAAAAUAAUUGUUGGAACAAAAUCAUCUUAUUCUCAGAAAAUGUUAAUUUAUGAUGCUUUGGAUGGUAGAUUUUUAACAAUAAAACUACGUCCCAGGCAGUCAAACUGUGCCGUUUGUGGAGACAAUCCAUCAAUUAGAAAGUUAAUGGAUUAUGAACUUUUCUGUGGAGCUUCAGCUACAGAUAAGACCCCUUCUUUGGAAAUUCUGCAAGAACAACAAAGAAUCUCUGUGCAUGAAUAUAAGCGGCUUAUUGACGAGUGCAGCCCUCAUAUCCUUCUGGACGUUAGGGAGCCUGUGGAGUUAGAAAUUUGUUCACUUCCAGUGGAAACGCUUAAUAUUCCCUUGAGAGUUCUCCAUUCCCCUGACCAUCAAGAUGUACUAAUCCAAGCGAUAUUGAACCUGGCUGACAACGAGAAAAAACUGUCUACGGUAAAUGUUUAUGUGCUUUGCAAACAAGGCAAUGACUCACAGAAAGCGGUAAAGUUACUAAGAGAAACUGUGUUACACAGAAACACGAAUAAAGUGUUGCGCAGCGAAGAUGACUUUCUCCAGUCUGAGAACAAGCAAGAUGUUCCAGAGACAAGCACGCAAGUGGAUGUUGUGUUUAAAGACAUUGCUGGAGGACUCUAUGCGUGGGCUAAACAUAUAGAUGAUUACUUUCCAGUGUACUAAUAAGACAAAGUAGAGUUGACCAGCGAGGACAGCCGAUGAAAAUCCAAGAUGACUGAUUGUUGUUGCUUAGGCUGGUAGCUUGGAGUAGCCCCUCGUUAUUAAUUACCAUUAAUGCUACAAGACGCACGUUUCUCCACCCGCGUGAAGACUGAUUGGAGAGAUUAAGCACCGCGUUUACGUCUAACGGCAAACGUCAGCUUGCCAUUUCACAUUUCACGUAAAAUAGCGUGGACCUUAAUGGUUUAGCUUCGCGUGAGCCCACGUCAUAGUGGAUUUGAAAGCGCCCUUGUUUUUAAGGGAAUAGCUUUGGUACCUAUUUUCCGGCAAUUAACUUCUACUCUGUGAGAGGAAAAGUGAAGAAAAUCUUACGUACACGGUAAACACGAAUCAGGUUACUUCCACCUAGAAAUGGCAAAGCACAACUGGCAAACGUGAAAAAAUGACGGGAAAAACAAGGUCAUGUCACUCUUGCCGUCCACGUUUCACGUGAGCGCGGUGCUUAAUCUCUCUAUUGUCUCGAAUUUCAUGUGAACGAAAUAGACAAACUAGACUUGUCUGUGAAAACACCGUGGAAACACUGUGAAGCACAAAGGGCAAUUGAACGCUCCAAGUAAUGGCUUCCUGGUACUUUAAGUUACGGAACAUCGUUUCCAGUUUUCCACUCGGAUUUAUGGCCGCGCGCUUCGCUUCGCUUGGGCCUUGAAUCUGAGCAGAAAAACUCGCUCCGUAACUUGCAGUACAGUCCUCGUACAAGGUUAUUAAAAGGUCUUUAAGAGGGCUACUGUAUUUUGCUGCUGCUGUUCCCUGUUCAGUUAAGGGGUGAGUUUGUGUUGCUCAGCUUCUCGAAAGUCAGGCUGCGCCUUGUGGGCCCUUGUUCUAGUUUAAGUUAAAGUUUAAGUUUAAUUUAUUCGCCACAAGAAUGGCAAGAGAAAGGAACACAAUUUUCGUUCCGAUUGACACCUAACCCCUUUAUUACCCACCCAUCCCACCCCGGGGAGGACAUCUAUCACACAGUAAUCUCGUGUGUGAGAAAUUACCAAAUUUUGAGAUCAUCUGUGAUCGUGACCUGUAAAGACGCUCGGUAACAUGGAAUUUAUUUGUUAAACUGAUGAGUGAGUGGUGGGGGAAGGGGGAUGUGUAGGGGGUUGGAAAUUAAGUCACAUCCAAAUGUUUUUGGAACGUCGGUAGUGGUUCCCAGGCUUUACCGAGAGGAAAGCUUUCCCAGCGAGGCACAAACUUCCCAGAGAUAAAAUUAACAAUGUGUGAAAACAUUCAUCUACGUGAUUCGGCUAACAUCUGCCACAAAAUACCAGUGACACAAGGAAACAAGAAAAAUAGCGAUCUGGUGCCGGCAAUCGUCACGAAUCAAACUCCCAAAAAAGCAGAUCACCUGAUCAGUUAAUAGAUUUUGAAUUUAAAUAAAAUAAAUUUCAGUCAAGCUUGGCUCCAAAACAGGCCACUCCAAGAUUAUGCAAAAAAAAAAAAAAAAAAAA